AGUGAAUGAUGGGAAGGUUGUCAGUUGUUCCACUAAAACUUUAAUAUAAUUAGGCCCAUAUCUUUGCCCAUAUCUUAAAAACCCAGAAAUGGAGAAAUUAACUUUGCAUAAGCAACGACCCAUCAGAGAUAAAAAAUAUUCUUAAGUGUUCUUUGAAAUAUCGAAUGAAUCAAAUGCUUUUAUCAGCGCUCCUCGCACAGACGACGUUUGGAUCAAAUACUGCAAGCACCUUUGUCAAGUUGUCGGUAGAUUCAGUCUACUCCUGAACUCCAUAGUCAUGGGAAUCGUUCAUUUACUAAGACUCGUUUUCGUGGUAUUUAUCACCUGCCAAUUCGGCGCCCACGGCAAGGCAAAGGUUCGAUACGAUGGGGCCCAGGUCAUUAGGAUGAUACCAAACAGUCUAGAUGAGCUUGAUUGGCUGAUCAAUUACAUAGAGAGCAGAAAAGAGCUUGAUGUUUGGAAAGAACCAAGCAAGGUUGGUCAUCCUGUGGACAUCAUGGUUCCUCCUAGAACUGCGGACUCAGAGGAUCUUGUAUCCUUGGCAACAGAUACAGGAAUUUAUACUACUAUCAUGAUCCAGGAUGUUCAAAAGUUGAUUGAUAACGAAGGAUCCUCUCGGAGUCUAUCUCAACGGUCAAUGGGUACUGGAUUCGACUACACUACCUACCACACAUAUGAUGAGAUCGAGAAAUGGAUUGAUGAUAUUGCAAACCAAUACAGUGGUCUAGUUAGUGUUGAAGAGGUCAGCUCAACAUAUGAAGGCAAGAUUAUUAGGGGCAUCAAGAUCGGGUCACCAUCGGGCAAUCUUAAAUCUAUGGCCUAUAUACAGGGAGGAAUACACGCUCGUGAAUGGAUCAGCCCAGCCACCGUUAUGUUCAUGACUUACAAGCUUCUGGAUGCAUAUCAGAAGAUGGAUCCGUUGGUUACUGAGAUGUUCAACAAAAUAGACUGGUAUAUUGUUCCCGUACUCAACGCAGAUGGGUACAUCUAUACGUGGACAAAUGACCGUAACUGGCGUAAGAACAGACGCAGAGCACCUGGCGAUGCUUGUGUUGGAAUUGAUCUGAAUAGAAACUACGCUUACGAAUGGGGAGGCAAAGGAGCUAGUCGCUCCUCGUGUGCCCUCACAUAUCGUGGCCCUGGACCAGCCUCAGAGAUCGAGGUAAUCAAAAUUACAGAUUUCCUGAGGAAGAAGGAUCAGAUGACUGAUAUCAAUCUUUAUAUCGAUGUCCACAGCUAUGGUAUGUUUUGGCUCUAUCCUUGGGGUUAUACCGAUGAUACAACCGUUUCACAACCCGAUAGAGAACGACAAUAUAGCCUAGGGAUGAGAGCCAAUGAAGCUAUCAGUGCUACUAAUGGGAAAAGCUACCUUGUUGGAGAAGCGGGAGCAUCUCUAUACCCGGCAUCAGGGGGCAGCGAUGAUUGGGCCUACGGUGAAUUGAAGAUCAAAUACACCUAUACAAUUGAACUACGGGAUGAAGGCCAAUAUGGGUUCAUGUUGCCCGAGACUGAGAUAGCACCGACUACUGAGGAAAUUUAUGCCGCCAUGUUGGUCGUUGGAGAGCAACUACUCAGCGAAUUAUAGGCCUACAAUCUGAAUCAACACUGGGCAUUGUGAAUUCGACAGAAAGUGGGGCGUCUCAGAGGGGGAUCAUUGACCAAUGAUAAUGGAAAUAAACCCGCUAAGAAUUAUCGAAAUAAAUCAAAUUCAGACAGGUUAUUUAUUUAAGUCUGUUCCGUGAGAAAAUUGAUUAUUUGAAAACGUUGCAAUCGUAUACAUACACUUACACGUCACAUUAAUUGAUUUGGAGUAAUUAAACAAGCUACGUUUCAUUUUUAGAGUAAAUUACAACAGCCUUAACAUAACAGUUGAUUAUUAUGAAGUAAUCAUAUUUAAAUUUGGCAAGUAUUACUCUGGCCUUCUGAUAACGCCCCUAUCCUAUAUAUACCUCAACUUAAUUUAUGUUUGGAUUAAGAUUUGAAGAUAAUUGAUUAAAACUACUUUUAAAUUUUGAAGUGCAAUACCAGAGGUAAAAGUGAUAUCCCUCAAGAGAAGAUCAGACAGCACAAAUUUCUUUCCCAGAAAAGACGAUAUGUUGUUAAUCAUGCACCAUUAAGGGCCGCAGAGUGUCAUUAAUUUCAAAACAUAUCAAAUAUUUACUCUUCAACACGUUUAACUGUAUUAUCAUCACGCAAAACAAUAAAUAUGCUCGAUAUUGAUCUGAGCAGUAUUUCAAAACAUGCAUGCAUGUUUUGAUAAUGGAAAUCAAAGUCAAAGUAUUUUUACUCUCAAGCCUAAUUUCAAUGCCUAGUUGACAAUUAAGAAAUCUUGAAAUUGAUUAAUGGGUUCUUUCAAAAUUCUUUUAGACAAUAAUUCUGUUUAUGGAAAGCAAAUCACUUUAAGAUAGAAUCGGGGUUGGAAAUUUGUUCAGUUACUUGAGAGAUUUCAUUUUUCGUGUUACUAUGGUAACUGAGUAAGUAGAAAUCUGUAGAGGAAUUAAUGAGGGUUCGAGAGAUGAUUUUGAUUUUGAAAACUAAGUACAAGUAUUCAGUCAAACUGCCAUACAAGAUGUUUCCAAUGUGCGUUUAUUUUUUUAUUUGGUGAAAAGGAAACGGAAUAAAAGCAAUAACGUUGGAUUCGUAAGUCAAGUUAACACAAUACAUGUAUGCAGAAUAGUUUUGCUCAGCGUGCUAUAAGACUAUAAUUUGAAAAAUAAAUGAUUAUAAAGCA